CUGUUCUGAAGCUGAUACCAGCUGAAUUCGCCAACUCAUCCACGGGAAUAUUAAUGUCAGACGAUCGCCCCCUACUUGACGCAGGCAACUCCAAUCCUCAUUAUGGCACCAGCAAUAUUGAUUCUCCACCACUGUCGUACAAGCGCAAUGAGCUAGGGCUACGCACAGCGCUUUUUUAUUGUGGCAACUCGAUCAGCUAUACUUUCAGCACCCUUGCAGCGUCGGGAAUUUUGGCAGGCUUAGAUGGCACUCUUGGUGUUCCGGCUCGGAGGUGGCUCUUCUUUGUGGAGGGCACUUUGACCAUCGUUGUUGCAGUGUCUGCAAUCUGGAUUUUACCAGAUUUUCCUUCCACGCCGAGUGUCUGGCUUACGCCUGAUGAACAAUCUUUGGCCAAACGACGCAUGGAAAAGGAAACUGCGGCUGGAGAUCGAUACCAGGCCCCCGUAGAGAGAUUUUCUGGUCUAGUUGAUGCUCUCGUGGAUCGGAGAGUAUGGUGGCUUGGUGCUACUCUUUCUUUUAUGGUAGCUUCUUGUCAUGCAGUAAUUUCUUUCCAACACUAUCCGCUACAAUGGGUUACAUCCCGACUAUCAGCCUCUUACUCUGUGCACCUCCGUGGAUUCUGGGAACUGCAACCUCAUUUAUUGUGGCCUGGCACUCCGAUGCAACUGGUGACCGCUUCUGGCACAUCGCCGGCCCUCUACUUGUCGGUGCCGUUGGGUUUAUCACUGCUAUUUUCUACUAUGAAUACGGCUAUUCGAUAUCUGUCCCCGUUCUUCAUGACUCAGGCCCCAGUUGCCUUUGUUAUUUUUGUGACUUGGGUUUUAAAUACCUUUUCCCAAUCGCAGUCGAAACGCGCUGCGGCCAUCGCAUUGAUCAACUCAAUGGGAAUAUGCGGCAACAUCGGUGCACCGUACUUCUGGCCUUCCAGUUGGGGACCUUCAUACGUCAAGUCAUAUCUCAUUUGCAUCUUGACGAGCGUUAUAUGCAUUGCGAUGUGCCGGGCAUUUAGGCGACACCUUGCCCGGUGUAAUAAAAC